CGGCGGCGGCGGUUACGAUUUGAAAGAUGUCUGUGACGAGCGGCAGUUGGGUCUCGGGCGACCGUUAACUCUCCCGCGAGGCGCAGAGCGAGCGGUGGCUCGCGCGCGCGUCGCAGCGCGGAGAGCAGCGCCGCCCGUUGCUGUAUCGGAGGAGCAGGUUGAGCCUCCUUUCCCUUCCCCUUCCCUUCCCUUCCUGCCCUUUACCCCUUUCACUCCCUGUCCGGCUCCUUUGUGUAUGUUUUUCUACCUGACCCGGAUCCGCACCGUUUCUUCCCCCCCCCCCCCCCACCGCUCUCCUCCAUGGCCAGCAAGCCUGGCGUAACUCCCGGCGAGCCCCCUGCCGACACCCCGCCGCCGCCGCCGCCGCCGCCGCCCGACGAGCCCGCACUGCAGAGCCAGAGCUGCGGGCUGUGCGGCAAAAUGGAGAACCUGCUGCUGUGCGGCCGCUGCAAGAGCUCUUUCUACUGCAGCAAAGAGCACCAGAAACAGCACUGGAAGAAGCACAAGCAGGUCUGCAAGGAGACGCCUCAGCAGCGGGACCGCCCGGCAGAGGACAAGGCGAGUGCGGCAACCGGGGGCGGGCAUUCCCGGCCGCAGGCUCCGGAGGCCGUCAACGGACAGCGGACGUGCCAGACGCCCGGUCCCCCCAACCCCAGCGGGCAGAGGGUCAGGGGAGAGGUGGACAAGGGCGAGGAGCCAGCGGCAGGUCCGCUGCCCGACACCAUGCUCAGCAGCCAGGUCGAGCCGGGCCCGCACGGCCAGAGCGGCAGCGGCUCCCAGAAGCUGGUGCUGGAGUACAUCGUGCCCUGCAUCAACAAGCACGGCAUCUGCGUGGUGGACAACUUCCUCGGGGAGGAGAAGGGCGACAGCAUCCUGCGGGAGGUGAAGGAGCUGCACCUGAGCGGCCGCUUCACGGACGGCCAGCUGGUGAACCAGAAGGGAGACUCGUCCAAGGACAUCCGAGGGGAUCAGAUCACCUGGGUGGACGGCAAGGAGCCGGGCUGCGCGCAGAUCGGACUUUUAAUGAGCAAUAUGGAUGAUCUGAUCAGACAUUGCAACGGGAAACUCGGCACUUACAACAUCAACGGGAGAACGAAAGCAAUGGUGGCAUGUUACCCAGGGAAAGGAACAGGAUACGUGCGCCAUGUUGAUAAUCCUAAUGGAGAUGGAAGAUGUGUCACUUGUAUAUAUUAUCUAAAUAAAAGCUGGAAUGCACAGGUGCAGGGGGGUGUUCUUCGGAUUUUCCCAGAAGGUAAACUACAAUUUGCUGAUAUUGAACCAAAGUUUGAUAGGCUGCUGCUUUUUUGGUCUGAUCGACGCAACCCUCAUGAAGUACAACCAUCAUUUGCAACAAGGUACGCCAUAACAGUCUGGUAUUUUGAUGCAGAUGAACGAACACGAGCUAAAGACAAAUAUUUAACAGGUGAAAAGGGAGUAAAAGUUGAAUUAAAUAAACCUUCAGAACACAGUUUGAAAGAAGAUUGAUAAUUCCUUCUGUGCCUUUCUGAUGAGAAACAAGUUUAUCUUGUGAAUGUUGACAAAUGGAUGAAAAACACACUUUGCACUCCAUCUGCUCAUGAUUACAGUUAAAAAUUGACCUACAAAAUUUAUGAGAAAACGAACAUUGAAUGUUGAGGCAUUGCACUGCAUUAAUUAUAAUCUCUGGGCUGAACUAAUUUUCAAUGAAGAAAGUAUCAUUGGAGCAAUAAUGGAAAUUUAAGAGCAUUCCCAAGAUUGAAUGGAGUUGUGGUAAAAAGAUGCCUUGGAUUAUUCAAACACUCUUUAUUUGCCUGAUGUUUUAUCUGCCAAUAAAACUACAGUUCAUCUGUCUCUGAUUGGAAUUUAGGAUAACUUGAUUUACAAAAUCAAGUAUAAAAAUGAGGUUAGAAUGGGAAAACUGCAGUAUUGAUGAUAUCCAUGAGGACCGCAUUGAUUUUUCUGCCUAAAGAAAAAUUCUUCAACCAAACAUGGCACCUUACUUAAGUUAAGCAAUUUUAGAGUUAACAAAUGUAUCCCGAAUGCUAAAUAACACAAUUUUUGAAUAUAAUUUAUAAUUCAAAAUAUCAACACUCCAAUUUGCUGCUUUGUUUUUAUAUUGAAUUUUUUUAAAUCUUUGAAGUGGUGUUUUCACUACAACAUUAUCAGUAACCUACUGCUGGUUUUCUCAACAAUUUUAAAAUUACUGAUUUGUUAAAUAAUAAAUCAAUGAAAAUCUACACCAUUGCAAUUGAAAUUCAAAAUAUUUCUUUCUGUUGGUGUUCGGUUCUCUACUUCCCUCAUAAAACACAUAGAUAUUUUUAUGACCCAUGUUUUCAGAAUGUAAAGGUUAAUCAAUAUAUUAGUGCUUUGAUGAUUUUUUCCACAUGGUAAGCAUCUGCCUGUUGCUUUUUCUGACAAAAAAUUGCAUUUUAAUAUUCCCUGUGACAUAAUCUCAUGGCAAGGAGUUCCUCUACAGCAUGCUGAUGAAUAGAAGAAUUGCUAUUUACUAUUGUUUGAACACUUAUAAUAUAAAACAGUAUUAAUCAUGAAUGAACUGGCUUGUAAAAGUUGCAAGAAUUAAAUCCUCUGUAUUGUU